AGGCGCGCGAUGUUGCGUCAUCCUUCUUCUCCACAUGUUUUAAUGGAAAAUUUUCAAAGUUGUUUCAAAUCUUUUCACUGAAAAUAUUUUCAAAAUGCCUCUAUCUUGUCGUUUUUAUAAACAUAAAUACCCCGAAGUGGACGAUGUGGUUAUGGUUAAUGUAAGAAAUAUUGCCGAAAUGGGCGCUUAUGUAAAUUUACUGGAAUACAACAAUAUUGAGGGAAUGAUUUUGCUUAGCGAGUUAUCUCGGAGGAGAAUCCGAUCUAUAAACAAACUCAUCAGAGUUGGAAAGAAUGAAUGUGUCGUUGUUAUUCGUGUGGAUAAGGAAAAAGGAUAUAUUGACCUUUCCAAACGAAGGGUCUCCCCAGAAGAGGUGAAGAAAUGUGAAGCGAAAUAUUCCAAUGCGAAAACAGUUCAUAGCAUACUACGACACACAGCAGAAAUUCUCAAAUACGAAACAGAUGAACAACUUGAGGACUUAUAUGAAAAAACAGCAUGGGCAUUGGACACAAACCUCAAAGGAGUUGGCAAAGCCUUUGAAGCAUUUAAAAAAGCUGUUACGGACCAGAGUAUCCUGGAUGAACUAAAUCUUGAUGAAGAUACCAAGAAAGUUCUUUUAACUAAUAUCACUCAACGCCUGAUGCCUCAAGCAGUGAAAUGCAGAGCAGAUAUUCAAGUCUCUUGUUUUACUCACGAGGGUAUUGACGCUGUGAAGGAAGCCUUGAUGAAAGGCUUAGAAAAUGACAAUGAAGAUAUGCCCAUAAAGAUAAACCUGAUUGCUCCACCUACAUAUGUUGUAACAACGACCACCAUGGACAGAGAGGAAGGUCUAAAAGCUUUGGAAACAUCGAUCAAAGCCAUCGAAGACGUUAUUGUCAGCAAGAAAGGAACAUUCGUAUUACAACACGCUCCCAAGGUUGUGACAGAUAUGGAUGAAGCUGAUCUCGCUAAAGAACUAGAGAAACUGGAGAGACAAAAUGCUGAAGUGGACGGGGACGAUGAUAAUCCUGAUGACGAAGACGAUCAGGAUGAACUUUGACACAACUUUUGAAUAAUUUUCAUUAAAAAGAUCAAAUU